AUGAAGCUUCACAAUAUCGUCUUUCCGCGGCGCGAGGACAGCGGGGCGGCCGGCAGCAGCGGUCCAAUCGCGCGGUGGGACGUGGAGCUGGUUGACGGUGUGGUUCGGGCGAUUGCGCCAGCGGCGAGCAGCGACGACAGCCAUGCCAAUGUGGCCUCUCGGCUGCUGCUGCCGCCACUGUGCCAUCCACACCUGCACCUGGACAAGACCUACAUCCUGACGGGCGGCGGCUGCUGUGGAGGGCGUCGGCCCGACAGCGACGACGUCGACGCCGAGCACGCCGAGCCCGAGCCAUCGUACGACGACCUGCUGCCGCAGACGGGCGACUUUGCCGAGGCGCUGCGCACGACGGCCACCGCCAAGGCGCGCUUCACGGCGGCCGAUCUGCGGCGGCGCGGCGCCCAGCUGCUGGCGACGAGCUGGCGUCAGGGCGUCACGGCCGCGCGGGUGUUUGUUGAGGUGGACGCGGGCGCUGCCGGUGGUGGCCGCGUGGCCAUGGAGGUGGCCAUGGCCCUGCAGCGCGACUUUGCCGGUCGGGUGGCCGUGCAGAUCUGUGCCUUUGCCCAGGAGGCCGUCUUCUCGGGCGAGGCCGGCGCUGCCAACCGGGCCGCCAUGGAGGCCGUCUUGGCCGACCCUGUGCUCGCACCAGCCGUUGCAGCGCUGGGAUCGGCGCCCUACGUCGAGGCCUCGCGCGCGCUGGCGCUGCAGAACCUCGACUGGGCCGUCGAGACCGCGCUCGCUCACGGCCUGCACCUUGACCUGCACCUGGACUACAACCUGGACGAUCCGGCCAGCUCCGGCCGAAUGCCGCUCCUCUACGACCUGCUCGACACGCUCGAACGCCGCCGGUGGUGUGCCCGCGCCGCCAGCUCUGUCGGUGCUAGCAAUCCGGAUCGUGGCAGCCGCAUGCGUACCGUCGCCGUGGGUCACGUGACCCAGCUGACACGUCUCUCGGCGGCACAGCUCUCUGCGCUGGCUGCGCGCAUCCGGCAACGCGGUCUGCCCGUCCAUCUCGUGGGCCUGCCGACCAGCGACAUGUACAUGAUGGGUCGCGGUGCGACAGCGACACCAGGGACAGGCGUGCCCCGCGGCACGCUCAACGUGCCGGCUCUCCUGCGCCACGGCCUGCCGGCCUGUCUGGGCGUCAACAACGUGGGCAACGCGUUUACGCCGUACGGCACCGGCGACCCACUGCUACUCGCCUGCUGGGGCGUUGGGCUGUACCAUGCAGGCACGCCGGCGGACGCGAACCGGCUGUAUGGGGCGGUGAGCUGGGGAGCGCGAGCAGCGAUCGGGGAGGUCGAGGACGAGCGAAGCGAGGAAAGACAAGGCAUGAAACGAAGCAAGAACAGCCAAGACAUCGACCAAAGCGAGGAAAAAAGCUGGUGGGACGUCGAGCCGAGUCAGCUGCUGGGUCGCCAUAUCGGGCCGGUGUUGAUGCUGACUAAUGAACAUCACGUGCAGAUGUCUGACGACGACGACGACAAAACGAAUGGACGGCCGACACUACCGCCAAUUCCGGCACGUGCGCGCACUGGUUUCCGCGACGUCGUGUGGGACCCGCCAGACCUGUCGUUACGACGAAUUGUAGGAUGA